AUGGCUUCCAAGACCUCAUCAAAGCGCACUGUUCGCGAUACGAAAGGUUCUUCCGGGCCCAGUGGCGGCCGCGUACCCACCGCCACAAAAACUAUACGAUCCCCAGUAAUACCAGAGGGGGCCCCAGAAUCCAGGGCGCAACCAAUUCCAGCCGUCUCACAACCCAAGAAGCCGACGCGUUCUGCUACCACUUCUCGCCCUGAUGUUUCGCGAGGAACAGUCUCCACAACUUCACGCGUCAACCAAGGCGGGAAGCCUACUACUAUCAGCAGUAGCGGCAGUAGCAGUAAUACGAGGGCAUUGGGACAUGCAAGCACUGCCGCUACAAGUGCUUCCCAAUCCAGGAGUGUUGUACAGUCAAGAUCUAAGCUCUUAAGCAAUGCACGGGGAACGACGGUCACCACGACGGCAAACCCAACGACGAAAGCUCCGUCCCCAGUCUCAGCAAACACUGCGAAGGCUGUACCAACGCGGACUGCGCCAACUGAGAGGUUGGUUUCGUCAGCGUCAAAGCAGUCGCACGGCGACGACAAGCCCGCCUCGCAGGCUUCAGAUCCCUUGCAAAUUGCAGCGCAGCUGUACCCGUGGAUGUAUAUGACAUCUACUCUGGAAGCAAGUAUGAAAGAUGCGGAAGCGUCUGCACAAGCUGCAUUCGAGGCCAAAGAAAGAGAGCUCGCUGAACAAGAAGCAGAAAUCUCUGAUCGACGAAAUCGGUUCGAGCUGGAGCGUGUGUUGGCGCUGUAUGAGGAACUGGGAAAGCCAGAGAUGCUUGAAGUUCUUCCUUCGAUCCUGGAUUCCUUCGCGACUCAUGGCCUGAAAUGCGAGGAGCUGGCGGCUAAAGCAACGCAGCUCGCUAUGUCAGCUUCUGGGAUUGGACACCUCGACUAUCUCGCGCCCAUGGCUGCAUACAACGAUCUCCUGGGCGAAAUAGGGACGGCUCACAGUCAAGGAACAGCCCUUCAUUCCUCGCUCUCCAAGCUUGCUUCCCAAAACCACGACCGUUCCAGUCCUGGCAACGCACACGAUAUGUGCUGGGACGAUCCACGUCUACGCAUGACAGCUGCAUUUAGCGCUAUGUCAACGGUCGUACAGACACGAAACGCAAACUUGGCUACAGCGAAGGACCUGGUGAAUGUUCUAAGACAAAAUGCUCGCGCACAACCGUCCUCGUUCAACGUCAACUACCGACCGCCCUUGAACGCUGGGCCUUUACUGCACGUAACGAUCAAGUGGUAG